AAGUCAAUUUAAGUCAACUUCUAAGAUGGAUUAUAACUAUACAAAUGGAAUUGUUGGUUGGUUUACAAACAACUCUUUUCAAAAUGUGACUGGGAAUGAUUCUGAGAGUCGACUUUGGUUAACCACACAACGGACUCCAUACUUUAUAUCUUCUGGACCAGUGUUUGAUGAAGUCAGCAACAAAUUUAUGACGUCAGUGUUGUUACCUUCCCUUGUAUACGUUAGUAUUCUGCUUCUAGUUGGUAUUCCGGGAAAUCUCAUGGUUGUUUACGUGUACUCUUUCAAAUGGCCAGGGUGUGCGAGCACAUCUCGAGUGUUUAUUUUGGCAUUGGGAUGUUAUGAUUUAUUUAAUUGUUUAUCUUCUAUAACGACAGAAAUCGUACUUCUAUCGCGUUUCCUGGAUUUUGACUUUCCAGUUUGGUGUAAACUAUCGAGAUUUGUGACUGCCUCUAUUAACAGUGGUUCCACAUUCAUUCUCGUUGCCAUUGCGACUGACCGCUUCCUAAGGAUAUGCAGGAUACACAAGGACCCGAUCUCUGUGGAUCUGGCCAGGAACCUCGUUAUCAUUUCUGUAUUCUUUGCCGCCGUGACGUCAUGGCCGGUGCUGCUACUCUAUGGUACAUUUACUGUGACAUUUCCACUGAAACAGUUCAUAUAUAUUAAAGGAAAAACAUGUUUAAUUUCAGACAAUAUGGCAGAAACGAUAUAUCCUUUAAUAUUUGUAAUAUUUUUGCUCUCAUCUCAUUUUAUGGUAGAUUUAGUGCUUAUUAUUUUAUACUCUCUCGUUGGCCAAGCUGUCUUCCGCCAACAAAAGUUCCAAAAGUCUAUAAGAACAAAAUCUGUGAGUAGCAAGGUUCCUAAAACUGAAAAUGACAACAAAGUAGAGGAAUGGCAGACUAGCUUUACAGCAGACGACUUAGAGAAAGACCAACAAGCGCUGAAGCAAUCUAAAGCAAGAACAUCUAAUAGAAUAUCCUUUGUGUUUUGGAAAAAAUUAUCUCUGAAUUCUAAGAAAGCAAAAGUGAAAAGUAAACUUUCAAGUCCAGACAAGGAAUUAAUGAAAGAACUAAAGGACUCAUUAAAAACUCGUUCUUCAACAGAUUCAAAUGCUCCCAAGUCCAAAAGGAAGAUUCACGCGGGAAAGACCACGUUAAUGCUUUUUCUGGUCACCUUACUGUUUAUUUUAUCGUUCUUACCUUAUUCUAUCGCUGUUAUUCUACGUUACACGGAUCCAGAAUUCUACACCCGUUUGACGCCUGUGGGUAAAGGAGUGUAUAAUGUCGUACUUCGUUCAUACUUUCUGAAUUCUGUUGUGAAUCCAGUUGUGUAUUGCUUCAUCAGUAAACAGUUCAGAAAACGCAGCAAAGACGCUCUCCGAUCGUUAGUCUGUUGUGAAAGUAAUCGGUAAUUAUCAAUAAACGUAUCAAUGACCAAAAUUUUACCUUUAAGUCAAAAAUACUACUCAUUUGUUGUUGCUGUACACGCUAUAGAUAAUUAUAAGUGAUCAUCAGGAAUUUUUUCCGUUAGACUCGCUUUCGAUGAUUGAAAUGACCUUGAAAAUACUUUUUAUUUCAGUGUUAAUAUAUACACGAUAUGAUUAUGGGUGACACAAAAAAGGUGCUAUCCAUCGACUGACCUGAUGUCGACUAAAGAAAACACACCCAUUUCAGCGAUACAUCAUAAAUGAUAUCGAUGAUUACUGAUAUUUUAUUUACAAAACCUCGUUUAUUGGUGAUUUGUUAAAUUGUUAUACAUGAAUCUAAAUAUU